UUCCCCAUAUUUUCUAGUUCUAUGUCACACUUGCUGCAAGCGACCAUAUCUCGGUCAUUGCCGAAUUGAGCAGCGAGUGGACGGACGAUUGUAUCUCAAAACUGUCAACGAUUCUGAACGAGCUUCAGCUCACAACAAGACGCGUGAAGGAAGCGUAUCUGGUGAAGACGGACAACCCGAUAGAAAUGUUGGAUUUCUCAAAGUACCGGUCAGCAGCACUGACAAUAUACGAAUGCCAGGUAAUAUUCCUGGAUUCGUAUGCUGACCUGCAUGCACUGGUUGACAGGGACCAACUAACUACCGACUAUGGUGGAACACUUCAAUACAAUCAUCGGUCGUGGGUCGACUUUCACAAGGCAUAUUAUCCUAUAAUAGACGAAGCAUCGUCAACCAAAAACAUGUUAUUCGACAUUGCUCGCUGCGUCCGCCAUGCCCUGGGGAAACGUCGUGAUGCCCUCGACGGCACGGAUGCCCUGGAUACGUUUGCAACUGUUAGGAACAAGAAAGCCGUAUUUCUUGAUCUAGAGCUUGAGAGGGUGCUUGAAGACGGCCAGGAAUCUUUGGAGAAACUCCAGCAUCCCGAGUUUGAUCCCAUCCUCGUGAAGCUCCCAGCCGGCUUUCUCAACAACGCUGUGGCGACAUUAAACGACAAUCUAGUGAAAAUUAAAGAAUGUUCAGAACUUGUUAAGACUCACUUUGAGGAGAUGGAGAUGGAGAUCAACAUGUACCACAGUCUGAAGGAAUGUAAAUACCAAGUGGAGGAGGUGGUGGAAACGAUCUGUCUAAUGCGACAGGAAGCGGAGGACCUUCCGGAUAUCGGCUCCAAUUCCUGGGAGGCGUUCCACAAUAGACAAUACUUCAUCAAGCACAUUCUUACUCCAUCAAAGGAAAUCGUCGAUUGUGCUGACUCGGUGCUGGCGGACCUCCAUGCGGUAGGAAUGAAGACCGGAAGUAGCUCGCGCACGCGCACCAUGGAGGACCAGCUCAAGGCAGAGUUGGAGUCCUUCACACUCAGAAUCAACCAACUCAACGAAACAUACGUCAGGCUGCACUUGUUCUAUGUGAUAUUCGACAAGGCUAAAAGAUGGCUCAAUAGUUUGGUUCGACAUCUAGAAAAGCAUCGCAACAAUACUCCAACACAAAGGAAUGAUCUCCAUAUUAAACAGGAUACAGACACAUUGGCCAACAACUCAGGUGAAAAGUGGCAAACCCCAUCAACACAGAACACAUGUGAUGCACGAUUGACACAUUUCCUCCAGAAACACCCUGCUCCUAAAGAACAACACUUAUUGCUGCUGAGUAAAUAUGUUCCAUCCAGUGUUCAAUCACAUCACAUACAGCAGGCCCUGGAGCUGGCAAAAAGAUUGUCAAGUAUUUUGAUAGCCAUAGAACAAGAGAAUGUAACAAAUGCGAAUCUCCACUCCAUCAGUUGGAAGACACCGAGUAUAGACAUUGACAGCUGCCAUGAAGUGACACUAGUAUGA